AUGACUUGUACAUCUGAGCCGUCAGAGCAGCCCACAAGGGAAUCCCAAGACCUCCAAAGCCUCGAGACAAAUGACGCGAUCCGUGAUACAACGCAUGCGCCGUUUACAAAAGGCUCUGCAGAACCACCUAGCCCCUCUACCAAGCGUUCGGAAGUUUUACGCUACGUUUUCCCACGACCUAGGGGCGCGGCUCUAGUGCACCACCGAUCCGCUCCAAGAGUCACGAAGCAAGAGCAUCGCAGAAGCACUCUAUCUUCAAUCAAGCAGUCCAAAUCACGAGUUGCUUUUCAACGAGUGAUUACGAGCAUUUUUCACAAUAAUCCUACCAGAGUCCUUCCUCACACAGCGCGUCAACGAACUGCUUCAAACGCUUCAAGUGUACGAUCGCAGCCAGGCUCGGUGUAUGAUUCUAUACCCAGCCUCGACGUUAUAUCACCAGGAACUUUUCUUUUCAGUGGCCCAAGCUUGAGGUCAGCACGUUCAGGCUCUUUGAGUAACUCUACCUCGCGACUCCCAAGCUUGACGGAGACGGGUAGUGAAUCGCAUUCUAUUCGUCGUGUACGAUCGGAGUCAUUCUCGGUUGACAGCCUUAGCGUUUUCGACGAGAGUAUACUCGAACCGUUCGUGGAAAAUGGUAUCACUCGCAGUUUAUUUGAUGUUCUCCACGGCAUAAGCACUCCUUUCGAAGAAUUAGAAGGACCUAUCAUCGAAGAUCUCAAUGAAGAUCGCCCAGACUCUAUUGGGGAGCAUUUGCACUUAUCCCUAUCUAAUGCCUCUUGCCUUAACACUAGAAUACCGCUUCUCUUGGUGCCGUAUCUGGAUUCCUCGUCCCAAAAUGCAAUGAAAUGGACCUGCCAGUCAUGGCAUAUGGCAUUGAGCUAUUCUAUCCCCCCGAAACAACCGUCUGCUCACAGCUUACCGAUUGAGAUAUUGCAGCACAUCUACAGCUAUCUUGCACCGAAGGGGUUUAAUGCAGCUCGCCACACUUGUCACACUUGGAUGCGGGCAAGCCUGAAUAAGAAAUUACUUGCCACCAUGCUUGGGCGAGGAGGAUGGUGGAGCAGUGCAGAGUUUAAUCUGAAUAGAAGAAACCGCAUUGCUACCUGCAGUGACUUCGCCACGCGUACGAGCGAUGAGUGGUUUCUAAGUCGGCGCCUUUCACGCGAAUGCUCCUUGUCGGGUGCAUGGACCGGGAAUGGAUUGGACGCGCCAAGAGACCAUAACGCAAUUGUGGAGGUUUCCCAGACCGAGUUCACCGACCUGGCCAACGGAUAUCCUGGGUCUGAAGGACGACUUAGUUCCGGGCUGAUAUUUACGACAAGCAUUUGCGGACGAUUAUUGCUUGUCGCUAGAGAGACUCUGAUCUUUGUCUAUGAGCUUCAGAGCGCUCACCUGAGGCCCCUGACAAGUGUUAGUUGCCCUAGACGAGUUCUCUCCAUGAGCAUGGAUAUGAGUUCGGGAAGAAACGCCAUUGCAGCUUUGCUAGAGGGAAGAAUGGGGAUGGUUUGUGAGCUUCGGUUAGGACACGACUCCUGGGAAAACCUUUCAGAAAUACCUAUGGAAAGCCAUGGACAUCCAUGCCGGAGUUCGGCACAAUCUUCUAUUCAUACGAGUGGUGCCAGCGAGUUUGAGGUUAGCAUGGAUGUCGCAGACCAUGGCUCCUUUGUACGUCCUUAUUCUAGUCGGCGGAGUGCGGAUGAACAGGAACAGACAAGUUUCAAUUCUAUCGACGUCCAAUCCAAUCAUGACGCCAUUUCUUUGCAAGGAACGGAUGACCAAAAUACAUAUGGGCAGAAUUGGAUCAAUCAUACAUGGAAUCUCAAACUUCGAGCUGCACCCAUUGUGGAAGAAAAUGGCAUUCAUGCCAAUUCGACUGUUGGAUGUGCUCGCUCUAUUCCAAUUGAGACCGGGACAUCAACGUUUUACCGCCACCUUUGUUCCGAAGAUGAUCCACCUCGCAGUGUCUCAAUUUGCCCACAACGUCGCUGCGUUGCCUUUGGAUGUUCCGCGGGCAUUGAGCUCCAUUGGGUCGACGCACUCACUGAACAAAGUUUAAGUAGAUGGUUUCCUCUCACUGCGCCUUCUGAUUACUUAUACUUCCUACCCCCUCGUCCAGGGUUUGAAUCAGCCAAAAAGCUACGUCUGAUUUCGAGCGCCGCGCAUCCAGAAGAUCGGCCAGCAAUAAGCCGCAAGUUUUUCACUAGCCGACCAACUGUGAGCUCUUUCUGGGGUUCGUUUGGAUUUGAGAACAUUGGUAAUCGUUCUGGCAUAGCGACUUGUGACCACUACCGUGCGGUCCCUCUCAGCGAUGGCCACCACGUUUUGUUCAUCGACCCCCCUUCAGGCAAUCUUUUCCUAGGAUGUGAUGCACCCCUUGGGGGCCCUACGAAACUUCUUCGCAAGAUUCUCUUCAUCCCUCCAGAACAGGAUCAGCUACCUCGGAUAUACACUGCUGCAGCAGAUUUGUCUUGGGGAGCCCGAGUUGCCGUUGUUUUUGGCGACAACAUCGUCCUCUAUAGUGUCCCACCUGACGUAUUUACCUUGUCUAGAUUGGAGCAGAAGGCAGAGAGUUGGGAUGUGUAUACUGCUCCACCAUUUUCAACCGAAGGCCGCACGAGGGAUCACUGGCUAAAU